AUGGGCGAUCCGUUACCGUUCGGAUCCAUAGAACUUGUGACCGUACCUCGGGAGCCUUGGGUAAGUGGGUCAAACUACCGUAACCCGUUACAGUAUCCUUUCAGGCGCCGUACGUUUUGAUCGAAUCCAGUGUGUAUCCGUGCAUUCUCGUCUCACUCAUCUCCAUAACACUCUUGACAUCUUUGAAAGUUCGAAAGAGACGAUUGUUCCUGUAGGGCCGGCCGCCUACAGUAUGCCUACAGUAACCGCAGCCCCUUUCAGCGUCUCCAGCCGCGCACAAAAGACGACGUGGAGCGCCGAAAAAACGCUGUUAAUCACCACAAUGCUCAUAAUUUUGCCGAUUCUGGCGAACCAGUUGUUCAAGUUCACCGACUACUUCGAAUGUCCGCUCCACUUUUUCGGCAUCGUGCGGCCGCUGUUGCAAGACGCCAGAAGCCACGUGGUCACUUGUUAUUUCUAUUGGAGGCAUCCAAUGUUCAAGCGGAAGAUCGAGUUGAUUAGGAGCAGCGACAAGUUCUAA